GUGCAGAAAUGGACGACCUAUUGCUUCACGUGUUUGUGAUAGCGCCAGCCAUCCGGUGGCUCAUCUCACCGCAGAGACCAUGGGACAAACGAUUAGGUCACAGACACAGAUCAUCAGCAACCAGGAGGCCUGAAGAUGAGAUGCAUGACUAACUGUCUGCCUGCCGUGUGUUCAGGUGUGAUCAUGGCCAUCACUGCCUUGGGCGCCAUCGCCGUCUAUCAGGUUCGUUCGCUCGCUGAUCUUUCCGCGCACAUGACACAUCAAGCACUGCUCACUGUGUGUGUGCUUUCUGCUCUCCUGGUUGAUUGGUCAGUGUCAGCGGGAGGAGUCGAAUCACUAUGAUGUGUUGGGCGUGUCGCCAUUCGCCACCAAGGCCGAGAUACAGACCGCUUACAGGCGGCUCUCACUCCAGUACCACCCUGUACGGCUGCAGCACACGCACCACCACAUGGACCAUCGAUGUGUGCGCGUGUGUGUGUGUGUGUGUGUGGACAGGACAAGCACUCCGACCCGAAGGACAAGGACAAGGCCGUCAAGACAUUCAACAAAAUCAGAGACGUACGUCGAACAAGCAGCAAGGCACACAGGCAUGGUGCACCCGGCGAUGGACGGCUGUGUGUGUGCGUGCAGGCUCAGGAGGUGUUGAAGGAUGACAAGAAGAGGCGGACGUACGGCCGGUUCGGUGACUUCAACAGUAAGACCGCAUGUACGCAAACACGCAGCCAGCCAGCCGUGGACACACACACGUCACGUGGGGAUGAUUACACAAUGUCGACGGCCGAACGUCCAAAUGCAUACACACACACGUGCAGUGCAGUGGAGUGCAGCGGACGCUGACUGACAUCUACGCAUGCUAGCUACUAGACAUGACCACUACACAGACAGACAGACAGCAGACAGACAGAGGUGCAUCAGGUGUGUGUGUGUGUGUGUGCGUGCAGCUGAGAUUGACGACCGUCACUUCUUCGACGUGGUUGUGGUUGCGCUCCUCCACGGCCUCAUCUCGUUCCUCUUCGGCUUCCUGUACACCUUCUCCAAAGAGACUCAAGUGGCCAGACAAGUAUGUAGGCAAGUCACUUUGACACACCACAGGGCGGCAGACACAGCACAUCAGUCAGCUGAGGAGGGACAUCUCAUCUGCCGGCGAUUUGUUUGUCUGUCUGUCUGUUCGUGACGUCAGGUGUUCCUGAGCUACCUGUUGGUGGCCUUUUGUCUGGACCUGCAGCUGCGGUUCGGCGGGCCUAAGAGUGACGAGUUCCUCUGGUGGAUCCCCGCAUUCGGAAGAUACCUCGUAUUCGAGAAGAUCAAAGUAAGCAUGCCGGCCCCUCACACACAGUCUCAUGGUUCGUCCCUGUCAUCUCUUUCUCUCUCUCUCUGUUUUUGUUUGUCUCUUUGCGUGUUGCCUGCAGGUGUUGCAGAAGCUGUCUCCCAUCGUGUUGAAUGGCUCCAUCCUGAUAGCGUCUGCCAUGCACACUGACAAGGAGAGCGGCCUCGAGUUCCUCGGACGCACACUCCUGCACACAAACCUGGAAAUCGUCAACAGGUUCAUCCUAAACACACACAGUCAUUGAUUCCCUUCCUUCACUCACCUGUCUGUGUGCGUCCAUCAGGAUGGAGGCGACGAUGGAGCGGUGUGGUGUGGCAGCGCUGCAGGACAACCCCCACGCCCUCAAUGGACAGGCAGACACGGACAACGGAUCACGACCGCCCGCCGAAACCGACAUGCCAUCAGCCACAAACGGAUCACCAACAGAAGGCUUGCGUGACCGGAGGAGAGGGUCGCAGCAGCAUCAACAACAGCAACACACACAAGAAGACACGUGUCCAGCACCAGCAGCAGCAUCAGCCUCAGCCUCUGAGGGCAGGAGGGAGAGGGGGAGGGGCGGCAGCGACGCCUCUCAUGCGAUGACUGCCAUGCUUGACACGCCGCCGCCCGGAAUGGGUGUGUCGGCGACGGAGCUGUGUCAGUGGAGUGCGGAUCAGGCCAGGGAUCUGCAGGAAUUCGUCAAGACAAGGGUCAGUCAGUCAGCACUGCACUGCACGACACACACAGAGCAGACAGAUUGCAAGUGAUGUAUGUGCGAAAGGACAGACAGACUUGUGUGUGGGUGGGGUCUGUGUGUGUGUGUCUGUAUGUGUGUGGCAUAGGCUGAGCAGUCGAAGAGGGGCGGCAUGUGGAGCAUCGGCACCUUCAUCUUCCUUGGCAUACUCUUCUUCAAACUAUUCCUCUCAUGACAGACAUGACCGAGUGAGUGCGUGUGGAUGUGUGUGCUGACUGACUGACUGACUGAUUUUUAUCCAUGACCUUUGUGUGUGUGUCUGUGUGUCUGACGUGCCUCCUCCACUUGACAAUGUGUGGAGCCCAGCCACAUGUCUAUCAAGCGAACAGCCCCUUGCUCCAUGUCAUGAAAAGCCAUUGAGAG